AUGAGCUCCUUGUGCUUAAAAGCUGUGGUGCCCAGUAAAUCUCAGAAUCUCAGAAUCUCAGAAUCUCAGAAUCUCAGAAUCUCAGAAUCUCAGAAUCUCAGAAUCUCAGAAUCUCAGAAUCUCAGAAUCUCAGAAUCUCAGAAUCUCAGAAUCUCAGAAUCUCAGAAUCUCAGAAUCUCAGAAUCUCAGAAUCUCAGAAUCUCAGAAUCUCAGAAUCUCAGAAUCUCAGAAUCUCAGAAUCUCAGAAUCUCAGAAUCUCAGAAUCUCAGAAUCUCAGAAUCUCAGAAUCUCAGAAUCUCAGAAUCUCAGAAUCUCAGAAUCUCAGAAUCUCAGAAUCUCAGAAUCUCAGAAUCUCAGAAUCUCAGAAUCUCAGAAUCUCAGAAUCUCAGAAUCUCAGAAUCUCAGAAUCUCAGAAUCUCAGAAUCUCAGAAUCUCAGAAUCUCAGAAUCUCAGAAUCUCAGAAUCUCAGAAUCUCAGAAUCUUAGAAUCUCAGAAUCUCAGAAUCUCAGAAUCUCAGAAUCUCAGAAUCUCAGAAUCUCAGAAUCUCAGAAUCUCAGAAUCUCAGAAUCUCAGAAUCUCAGAAUCUCAGAAUCUCAGAAUCUCAAAACACUUUUUUCCUAUGUUUGUUCGACAACAUUUUUCUGA